ACACCGGAAGUGCCUCUACGAGCUACCGGCGUUUCGAUAUUGGAGCUUUCCAGGACUGUUUCCCUGUGUCAGGAGCUUCUCCUCCUGUUUACUAGGCUGUUUAUAGUAAGAGUAUAUGGUGCUGGAGCCUGAGCUGGUGUCAUGUCCACAUGUGAAGACAUCAACAGGACGAGUAGCUAAAAGUAGCUAAUAGUAGCUAACAGUAGCUAGCAUUAGCUGCCAAUCAGCGCUGGUUACUGGGAGACAGACUGACACCUCGGGCUAACCAUGCUGCAGCUGGGGGAUGAAGUCACCCUGUACUCGGUGGUCUUCGUGCUGGUCCUGCUGGGGACCCGGAGCCCGCUGUGGACCACCGUCCUCACCGUGUCCCUCUACCUGUUUCUGGCCAUGUUCAGGUUCCCUCAGGUACCAGCCAGCCGAGUCCAGCAGGUCCUGCACCCCGGCUCCGACAAGGUGUCAGCGGUGGCCCACCGGGGCGGGGGGCACGACGCACCGGAGAACACGAUAGCAGCCAUCCGGGAGGCCAAGAAAAAUGGGGCCGGAGGUGUGGAGCUGGAUCUGGAGUUCUCUGCAGAUGGCGUUCCAAUACUCAUGCAUGAUGAGACUGUGGACCGGACCACUAACGGGUCAGGACCACUCAGCCAGAUGAGACUUUCUGACUUGCGUAAACUGGAUGCAGCUGCUAAACAUCGACUUAGCGAGAAGUUUGCAGGAGAGAUGAUCCCAACCCUGGAAGAGGCCGUGGAGGAAUGCAUCAAACUGCAACUUGUCAUCUACUUUGAUGUCAAAGGUCAUCCAGAUGAGGCAGCCGCAGCCCUUAAAGAGUUGUAUAAGAAACAUCCAGUCCUCUACAACAGCAGCAUCGUCUGCUCCUUUGAGCCUAAAGUCAUCUACAGGAUGAGACAGAGUGACCCAGAGGUGGUCACAGCGUUGACACAUCGACCGUGGAGUCUGAGUCGGUUAGGAGACGGUGUCCCGCGAUCCUCCUCUCUUUGGAAACACUACUGGAUGACACUGAUGGACGUAGUUUUGGACUGGGCUCAUCAUCAUGUGCUGUGGAAGCUCUGUGGCGUCUCAGCCUUCCUGAUACAGAAGAACUUUGUCUCACCGGACUACGUGCAGUACUGGGCCCAGAGAGGGGUGGAGGUUGUAGCCUGGACAGUCAACACAAAAGUGGAGAAGGAGUAUUACCACACGCUGCUCCAAGUCAACUACAUCACAGACAGCCUGGUGGAAGACUGUGAUCCUCAUUACUGACACCAGACAGAAAGGCUCAAACACACACUUGAGACAACAGCCCUCAUGGACAAGAUGUUUCUCUUCUCCUCACCCACAUGUGUCUUGAUGGAGGAGAACACACAAGAGCCACUGUGUUGAUUUAAUCUGAUCAGACUGGGCGCCAUUCUUAGUAACACGAUCCCACCUUACAGGUUUUAUUUGGACAUAAUCAUUUUAAUGUGAUGAUGAAUUCUCUCAGACAUGCGUUUUUAAUAGCUUCAAUACACGCCUUUUUAUAGUGCUUGUCUAUAAUAGACCUUAAUCAAAUGUACUGUAUUCACCCACUCAGGAAUACAAUGAUUUUAUUGUCUUGAUAAUUGCCUCCAUUUCGCUGUCUCUUAAUACAGUAUGCACCAUCUGUGCUUUCUACUUAGUAAUCGCCAUUACUCUGGAAUUAACUACCUACAGAUGAUAAUCACCAAUGAAAAAUGAAUUAGUACCGUUCAACAUUUUUAUAAAUUUAAUACAUUUGGAACUAGAAUUGUUUUUAAAAUAAUACAUAUGAAUAUUAGUUUGUUGAGCUUGUGUCAUUCUUCUGUGUGCCAACAAUGAACCGUCAUAAAGGGAAAAGCAUCGGCCAGUGUGGGGCAGCUGCAUUCAUAAGCAAUACGAUCUCAUUUUUACACAGCUAAGUAUUAGUAUUAUUUUGAAAUAAUGACAUUGUCAUUGCUUGUUGGUGGUGGACCUCACUGUGUCUGUAGAGCAGAUACCAGUCACUUUUAGCCUUUAUAUUUGUCUGUGGGUCUCUAGUAAGAACAAAUCAUCGUUUUGCAGCUUUUCUCACAUUUAUAUUGCUCCACGUGAUAACAACAGCAAUCAAAUAUGUAGUAGCAAGAAAUGAAGGAGUACAUGUACAGAGAUUUGUGAGGCUUUAAAAGUGCAGUAGAGUUGAGUAAUGAGACAGAUGUCUGAGUGAAUGUGACUUCUGAAAUGUAUAGUAAAGCAACACCUCCUAUACGGUGCAUUGAUGGGCAGUAAGGAGAUGGAAAUAAAACAUAAAAUGGUGAACAGGUUUCAUUGCAGAAAAAGCAGAGGUGUAUCUGCUAACACCAACCGUGUACAGUAAAAUGCCAGUGAGAACUUCAGGGCCUUACAAACUGGUUUUUAAUUAUACCUUAUGUUUUAUUCUUUGUUAGAAAAGCUGUCAGACUGAAUGCUACACUAUCUGUUAGUACACUAUCACCUGAUUUUGUGGUUGAUCCAUGCAGAUUUUAAUCUGAGCAGACUUGAAAAGUUUAAAUACUUUAGAUUGCCACUCUAAGAAUUGAGAAAUAAAGAACUUGAGAAAUUA